AUGAAUCCUUCGAGUCCUUGGAAUCAAAACUUGGAAGGAUUGAUAAAACAAGAACAAGUUUCAUCUUCGAUAGGUAAACAACAUCAUCGAGGGAGUAGUGGAAUGGAAGGAAAAUCUGUUUCGUGUUCUCCUUCGACGACUUCGACCUUGCUCUCUGAAAUGAUGACGUCGUCGACGAGCUCGGCUUCGAAAUUUUCACACUUUACAACAACUCAAUUGAGCAAUGAAAUGUUAAAUUCAAUUCGGAAUGAUAUUCACAUGACGAAGCCAUCAUCUUCGAUCGGAGGAGCAACGAUGAAUCCUAGUAGUAAUACUUUAUUGCCGAAUAUGAAUUUGGCAGGAAUUGCAACCACUUCGAGUGCUCUUUCAUCACAAUCUCCACAGCAACUGUCAGUAAUCAUUCCAUCAGCCUCUCCCCUUUCUACCUAUGCCAGCACUUCCAUUCAUCAUCCACUAGAGAAUUUAAACCAAACCAACACUCCCUCUCCUCUCACUCCUUCCUCAACGACCAGUGCAACCACAACCACUUGCACACCAUCCACAACUUUUCUCAAAUUAAAUGUCGAAGAACUACUUGUUGAUUUACAUCAAGAACAACAACAACAACAACACCACCACCACCAUAAUACUCAUUCAAUAUUGAAUCCUUCUCCUCCUCAACAAACACCAUUUACGAAAUUAGUGCAAUUUCAAGUGUCUCAGCAACAACAAAUCUUGAAUAAUCCUUCUCGUUCAGCUUCAACUCUGCUGUCCAAUACUUCUUCUUCUACUACUGCAACUACCACUGGUCCAACAUCAACGCAGAUCAUUCCAUCCUCUUCCGCCACUUCCACCACUCCAUUGAUGUCUUCAUCGAGUCGAAGUUUCGAUUCCGUGAUGCAGCAACAACAUUUGGAAAGUCAAAAUUCAGCUUCCGUCUUGUUGCAACAACGGAAUUCUUCAUUGACGAAUACGAAUUUGAUGAAUCAAGUGAUGAAUGCUUCUUCGAAUGUGGUCAAUAGUUCUUCAUCGACCAUGGCGGCGACGAGCACGACAACGACAGGUUCACAAGUAUUGUUGCCCAAGCAAUUUACUAUAUUUGGGAAUCAGAAUUCUGAUGCAUCAUCGCUCAUGAUGUCAAAUAUCCUUUCGAGUCAUUUACCAAAUACUAUGGAUGACCAAAGUAGGAAAUCAUCCACUGCUACAACAUCAUUCUUACCAUCUUUGACAAGUGGCAGCAAUCGGAUGCCUUCCUUAACCACAUCAUCAACAACAACAACUUCGAGUAAUACUCCAAAUGCAUUUACAACGUUUCAAGUCGCAACAAACCAUGACACAAGCAAUAUUGUUCAAUUAUCAAGUACGUUGGGAGAACCCGUUACAGAAUUGACCAUGACGUUUCAAGAUUCUCAACCAUUGACUACAAGUUCGAAUGCUCCCAUGACGACAACAAGCAUGCGAAAGAAAAAAAGUGGAAUGACAAGUGACACCUCUUCGAUAGGAGAAGCAUCGCCGACCUUGUCACAACAAACAUCGAAAAAGAGAAAUAUUCAUCCAACCUCAAUGAAAAUGGAAGGAGUAGGAACAGCACCUUCAAGAAAGAAGAAUAAGGGAGGCCCCAUGCAAACAUGUCCUCCCUUAAAAAUAAUUCCAUCCUCGUUGACAAGUGUCACUUUUCAUAACACCUCUCAAUCGAGCUCUUCUUCGAUGACUCCUACAGUCACGACUCCUACCAACUAUUCCAUCAUGAGCUCUGCUGGCAGUCAUUCUAGUAGUAGUGGUGGAAAUAUUCAAUUCGUCACGAAUGAAUUUCAAGAAUUCAAGUCAGGACAACACGAAACGCAAAAACGACAACGAAAAGAACGAAUUUACAAAUUCUAUUCGACUGUGCCUUCUAAUUUUUCCACACAGCCAUCGUCCUCUUCGACAGGAACGAAUUUGAAUGAAAAUUCCUCAACAACAACUUCUCAACAAAUGUAUCAUGAAGAACGAUCUCCGAGUUUUUCAUCGUCCUCUCCAAGAAUGUAA